UGAAGAGCAUAAUACGCCGGUCAUGGGCGGAGGGAUACGUUUCCAUGGGAACGCCACGAUCUUGCCUGUAAACCCGUGGUGUUUCCCGUGGUGUCCCGCUCCCUCCCUUCUCCUCCCCCUUUUCCUGAACCCUCCUUGUCUUCCUUCCCUUUGCCUGAUCUCCUACCCGUUUGUGUUUUCCCCAAUCUAGAGACCCUCAGCGCUCUCAAUCUUAGUACAGGUGCACUGAGACCGGGCUAUGAAAGGCUGUACCAUUUAACCGCUGAUGUUGCAGCGGUUGCCGCCUUACUGUUGGGGGACCUGGCCUAGUCUGCUACUCAGUGAUCUUUGGGGCUCUUCACAGGUGUACGAUGCAGAGAACAGGGAAAGGAGACCUCAUUGGUGAAUAAAGCAUGGAUUCUCUCCAGAAUGCUGUUAAGAAACUGUUUGAGGCCGGGCGCGGUGGCUCCUGCCUGUAAUCCUAGCACUCUGGAAGGCCGAGGCGGGUGGAUCACUCGAGAUGAGAAUAUCCUAAUGCUGCACCUCACAGCUAGUCGUUUGCUUGCAUCCAUUUUAUCAACAACACCUGAGACCGAACUUUGUGUGGAAGAAGUGACCCUGGUCAGGAGAUCAGGAUCUACCCUCAUUGCAACCACAUCACUCUACUUCAGAUAUUUUCCACCUCUAAGUGGGGAAACAAUAUGUCACUCUCUGUAAGUAAAAGGGAAAAUAAGGAGGUCAAGGUAACUAGAUCACUUAUUCUAAAUAAAAGAGAAAAUGAUCAGGAGGACAGUUUUGAAGACGCCCAUGAAAUCAUCCCUGCAGCAACAACAAUGAAUCUAGUAACUUCCUUGGAAGAAUGCACAACUGGAUUAUAUUUAUUUCUCAAUAACAGAUUCUCAGAUGCAAUAAACCUCAUUCAUCCAUGGUCUAAAAACAGCUCAUACCAUGCCCUAAUAUAUAGUAUCUUUAUGGUUGUCAAGGCCAUCCUGACUUUUGAGCCACAGGAUAUAGAGAUUGGAAUGGCCACCACAAAGGAAGCUUUGAAAACCUGUAACAUUUUCCGAAAACCUAGGAUGAUGACUUUGUCUCAUCUAGUGAGUAAACAAGGAAUAAAAGCUAUCAGAGAAGAGGAAUUGCAUGCAGAAAUCUGUUAUGCUGAGUGUUUGGUUUUGAAAUCCUCCAUGACGUUUAUACAGGAUGACAGUAUACUUGGUUUUCUUAAAAGUGGGUUCAACAUUGGGUCAAGUUACCAUAUAUACAAAGAUUGUCAACAAGUAUUAACACAGAUGCCUAACAACCAAAGUAAAGCCCACAAACACCUAGUUGGAGGAAUAAAAUUUGGACUUGGAACAUUCAAUUUGAUGCUAUCACUUGUGCCACCAAGGACACUUAAACUACUCAAUAUCAUUGGAUUUACUGGUGAGAGAGAGGUAGGCUUGGCUUUGCUUCACGAGAGUGCAUCUGAAACCCAUAUAAAUAAUAUCUUAAGUGUUUUGACUCUACUCUUUUAUUACAGUUAUAUCUAUGUUGCUUUUGGUGUUGAAAACAUUUACAAUUCUGCUAUAGAGGAUCUCUUCCUAAUUUAUCUCCAGAAAUUUCCAAACUGCGUCAUACUUAGAUUUUUUCAUGCACGUUCUAGUAUGUUGAAUGGAAAUUUUGAAAAUGCACGGUUAAAAUUAGAAGAGUGCAUUUUUAUUCAGAAUGAAUGGAAGCAGGUUCAUCACCUCUGUUACUGGGAACUCAUGUGGUGCCACAUUUUUAUGCAGGAUUGGAGGCAGGCUUACUACUACGCUGAUUUACUGUCUCAACACAGCAGGUGGUCCAAGGCGAUAUAUAUGUACAGUAAAGCUGUAAUACUAGCCUUGCUUCCUCCUAAUUUUGGGAAAGCAGUAAAUGAGGAUAUGAACUCUCUCUUCAUAAAAGUAGAUAGCCUGAGAAUGAAAUUUUUAGGCACUUCUAUGCCAAUAGAAAAGUUUGUUGCUGAGAAGGGUCAGCAUUAUGGUACUACUACAGGCUGGUUUACAGCACAGCCCCUUCUGGAAUUCGUUUAUGCCUGGAGUGGUUUCCGAGUCAUGAGCAAAAAAAUAGAGCUUAUUUCACGCUGGCUAUCAAUAAUUAACAAAGGAGAAGACCUUUUACAAGAGAAUCCAAAUAAAGAAUAUGGCACAGAUGACAUAAGUUUGUUAAAUUUACUGAAAGGUCUAUGCCUGAAACACUUACGCAAAUAUUCAAUGGCUGAACAUUACUUUAAUCGUGUCAUUCAACAGGAGAAAUUGUUAAAAUAUGACCACUAUUUGGUGCCAUAUGCUUACUAUGAACUGGGAAUUCUACACUAUGUAAAAGGAGAUUAUGAAAGUGCAACAAAAAGCCUCGACAACAUAAAAAACUACAAAGACUAUUCCAUGGAAGCCCGAUUACACUUUAGGGCUCACAUAGCCCUUGGACAAAUAGCUAAAGAAAAGUGAUCUGAACACGGAGUGGUUUUAUUUAGUAUGAUUGAAAUCAUACUAAUCACAAUCGGCAAGGUAAUUAAAAGGUUGAAAAAUCAUUUCUUUGUGGAAAUAAUUCAAGAGGCAGCUGC